AUGCUCCCUGUGAAGUUUGACACCUGGCUCGAUGACCUGCACCUCUACCUACAGCUCACAGCCAAGGAUGACAUCUCACUGUACGAUCACGCCCUAGGCCAUGUCACAGCCCCUUCUGCUACUGCUGACAGCACUGCUCGCUCACAGUGGCAGACUCGUGAUGCCCACGCUCGCUUCGCCAUUCGCAACUCCCUGCCGAUAGACGAACGCGAGCACUUUGGUCAGCACAAGACUGCAGAGGCACUGUACACAGCUAUAGUUGCUCGCUACUCCUCACCUGCCUCUGCCGCACUAGGCCGUCUCUCCCUCCCCUACCUGUUUCCCGACCUGGCCUCCUUUCACACAGUCGCUGACCUCAUCACGCACCUCCGUACUAGUGAGGCCCGCUUCCGUGCCGCCAUGCCUGCUGAGUUCCUUGCCACGCACCCCCCUCCACUCUGGCUCACUCUCUACCACCUAGUCACCCGCCUCCCUAACACACUGCGUGCUGUCAGGGACCACUUCAUAGCUCGUUGCCCCACUGAGCUCACCAUUGCCCUCCUCGAGAAGGAGCUACUUGCAGCUGAGACUAGCAUAGUCGCUGUAGGUGCCUCUCGUGGCGACCCCCGUACCCCGUUCUUUGAGGGGUGUUCUCCUUCCCCCCUUCUUCCCUCUGUCGCCUCUGCUGCUACUGUCGACCUUCUUGGUACUGAGAAGGUCGGCGCUGCGUCUGCCUCCAGCGGACGCCGCAGCGGCAAGGGCAAAGGGGGCAAGGGUGGUGGCGGUGACGGCGGGGGAGGCGGCGGUGGGGGCGGUGGAGGCAGUGGGGGUGGUGGCUCGGCUGGAGGGGCGAGUGGUAGCGGUGGGGGUGGUGGCGGCAGCGGCGGGGGAGGUGGCAGGAGUGGAGGCAGCGGUUGGGGUGGCGGUGGACGAGGUGGCGGCAGGGGUUGGGGUGGUCGAGGAGGUGGCAGCGGUGGUGGUGGCCGUGGAGGCACUGGCGGUGGCCACGGCCAGCAGCACACUCCGUCGCCCCAUGGAGAGGGUGCUGAGUACUUGUGUGUACCGCCCGACCCAGGCAUUAGGGCCAGUGCGUCAGCCGCUCCAGGUACUCGCGUGUCGGCUACCCCAGGUGCUGGUGAGGCUGCUGCUCUAGGUGCUCGUGUGUCUCCCCCCCUUGGUACUGCGUCGACUGCCGCACUGCACACCUUCACACUGGACUCAGGUGCUUCUCGCUGCUUCUUUCGUGACCGCACUGCCCUUGAGCCGCUUGCUCGGCCAGUUGCUGUCUCCCUUGCUGACCCCUCUGGGGGUCUGGUCAUUGCGACCUCUUCCACUGUCCUUCCUUGCCCUGCGGUCAGGUCGGGCACACUGUCAGGUCUCCACCUCCCCUCGUUCUCUACGAACUUGGUGGCAGGAUGUGCACUCCAGGACGGGGGUGUUCACCAGUUCACCCCUGCCUACGAGCGCGUGACACACUGCACGUGUGCUCGUACGGGCCGUCACUUGGCUACCUUCACUCGGCAGCCGGGGUCGGACCUGUACACACUGACUACUGAGUCCCCUCAGGUUGCUGCGACUGCGUCCGCGUCCGCGUCAGGUCAGCUGUCCGCCCCCUGCUCGUGUCGCUCUUUGGCACACGAGACUGUCCUCUGGCACCACCGCCUUGGCCACCCGUCUGUGCAGCGGCUUCGUGCCAUGCACUCCCGGUACCUUGUCUCUGGCCUGCCCAGGGUCCUUCCUGCCCUCCCACCCUCGCCUGCUCCUACCUGUCUCCCCUGUGUCGAGGGACGGCAGCGCGCCGCUCCUCACUCCUCCUCGUUCCCCCCGACGACUGCUUCCUUGCAGACACUCCACAUGGACGUGUGGGGCCCAGCCCGCGUCCGUGGUCAGGGUCAGGAGAGGUACUUCCUGAUAGUUGUUGAUGACUACUCGCGCUACACCUCGGUCUUCCCCUUGCGCACCAAGGGUGAGGUCCCUGAUGUCUUGAUCCCUUGGAUCCGCAGAGCCCGCCUCCAGCUCAGCGAGCGUUUUCACUCAGACUUUCCUGUCCUACGCUUGCACUCUGACAGAGGUGGUGAGUUCUCCUCCGACCUCUUGGCAGCCUACUGUGCUGAGCACGGCAUUGAGCAGUCGUUCACGCUUCCGGCUUCUCCACAGCAGAAUGGGGUUGUGGAGCGCCGCAUUGGCCUGGUCAUGGAGGUCGCCCGUACCUCCUUGAUCCAUGCGGCUGCCCCCCCACUUUCUGUGGCCGUUUGCGGUACGGUAUGCUGCGCAUCAGCUCAACCUCUGGCCCCGUGUCUCCUUGCCGGAGACCUCGCCCACGCUGCUGUGGACGGGGGAGGUUGGCGAUGCGUCGGGAUUCCGGGUCUGGGGGUCUCGAGCUUUUGUCCGCGAUUCGUCUACCGACAAGCUCUCCUCCCGUGCUGUUCCCUGCGUCUUCCUCGGGAUUCCGGGUCUGGGGGUCUCGGCUUUGUGCCGGACGCGUCUAGUUGGCAGUUUUACCACGCCACCUCGCGCCGAGUCUUGCCCUCCGAGGACGUCACUUUUGACAAGUCCGUCCCCUACUACCGCCUCUUCCCCUACCGCACUGCCCCGCUCCCCCCCCCCGCCUCUCUUCCUCGCGCCAGGUGCUGCUGUUGCAGACCCCCUCCCCCCUCAGGGUGCCGCUCCCUCAGGUGUGUCUCAGGUAGACCCGGUUGA